AUGGGCUCUGUUGACUCCGGGCCGUUCGAUGUGAAGAAAAUCGCCAUUAUUGGCGCUGGGCCUUGCGGUCUCUCAGCAGCAAGGUACCUCGUCGCACAGCAGGCCUUUAACUCAGUAGUCGUCUUCGAGCAGAAUCCUGAAGUGGGCGGCGUGUGGUAUUACAGUCGAGAGCCCACAUCCAGCCAACACGUCCCUCAAGUGAGCCCUUUCUGCCCUCCGGAUGCUCCGGUCAAAGACCAAGAUGGUGAUGCGCCGGUGUUUGCUUCGCCGAUGUAUCAACUCCUCAACACCAACAUCCCUUGGACCAUCAUGAAAUACGGAGACCAGGAUUUCCCCCACGAUGGACUUAUCUUCCCAUCCCGUCAAGUCGUCCAAGAGUACCUGGUUCAAUAUUCUCAAGACGUUCGACACCUUGUCCGCUUCUCAACACAGGUCAAGACUGUGUCACUUAGGCGGGAAGGGGACCACGACCGGUGGGAUAUCGAGACCGAGAACCUCCUCGAUGGUCAGAAAUCAAAGGACACCUUUGACGCCGUCGUGGUAGCCAACGGACACUACGCAACGCCGUUUAUUCCCGAUGUCAAGAACAUCAAAGAGUUUCACGCCGCUCAUCCCGGAGUAGUCUCCCAUGCAAAGACAUACCGCGUGCCCGAGGACUUCGCUGGGAAGAAGGUGCUGGUUGUGGGCAACGCCUCGUCAGGCCUUGACAUCGCAUCCCAAAUCAGCCGUCACAGCAAGAGUCCCCUGCUCCUUUCUGUACAUGAGCCUACUCCCGACGAGAAUUUGGAGCACAGCCGGGCUGAAGAGGUCCCAGCGAUAGAGGAAUUCCUUGUUGAGGAGAAGGGCGUCAAGUUCACCGAUGGAAGAGUUGAGAAGGACUUGGGCGCUAUCCUAUACUGCACAGGGUAUCUUUUCAGCUUCCCCUUCUUGGAAAGCCUGACACCGGGGCUGGUGUCGAACGGAGGGAGAGUGUACGGCUUGUACAAGCACCUGUUCCACAUUGACCACCCCACAUUGGUUUUCCCUGGUCUACCCAUUAGAGUUGUGCCCUUCCCCGUCUCUGAAGCACAGGCUGCUGUGUUCUCCAGGGUCUGGUCCAACUCUUUGACAUUGCCUUCCGUCAAAGAGAUGUCGCGAUGGGAAGAGGAGGAAGCUGAGAUACGGGGCAAAUCCUUCCACGUCUUCCCCAUGCUGGGCGACGCCGAACUUCUCGAUGAGUUUCACGACUGGGUCCAGAAGUCAAGUAGCAACAAGGGCAAGGAGCCACCAGUGUGGAACGCGGAGCAGAAGUGGGAGCGUACGAUUUACGUCGAGGCAAAGCUGAAGUUUGAGACCACAGGGCGCAAGGCAACGUCUCUCAAGGAACUUGGUUUCCCAUAUCAACCUCCAAGUGACGUCAACAAGCAGGAUAUUGUAUAA